CGGCUGAGCUGCGAGGAGGCGGCGCGGCUGCUGCUGGACGCCUAUGAAUACAGAGGUUUGGUCAAACACACAGGAGGCUGUCACUGCGGAGCCGUCCGCUUUGAGGUCUGGGCUUCAGCAGAUCUGCAUGUUUUUAAUUGCAAUUGCAGCAUUUGCACAAAGAAACAGAACAGACACUUCAUUGUCCCAGCAUCGCGUUUUAAGCUGCUGAAGGGUGCUGAUAAUUUGACAACAUACACCUUCAACACACAUCGUGCCCAGCACACAUUCUGCAAGACCUGUGGUGUACAGAGCUUUUAUACUCCUCGUUCUAAUCCAGAUGGUUAUGGAAUAGCUCCCCAUUGUCUGGAUGAUGGCACCGUGCAGACCAUUGUCACAGAGGAUAUCAAUGGCAAGGAGUGGGAGAAGGCAGUGAAGGAGCAUAAGACCAUCAGAGACAUGUCAAAACCCUGACGUACCCUUCCAGCAGCUGAACUUGGAGCACUGCAGUGGAACUGUAGUCUGGGCUUUCCUGGGUGAGGGUUGGCAAAAUUGAUCUCUACAUUAUUGUUACCUGUUUUCCAUUUCUUAAAUAAAUCUUUCUAUGCUGCCUGACCCAUUCAUUUGUGACUUUCAAAGUACCUCUCUGUUCCAUAAAACAGCCCAGGGCUGCUAUUUGGUACUUUGCCCUUAACUGGGCUAAAGUUUAAAUCACAAUAAACACAGCAAAGUACAAAAAACCCCCAACUAAUCUUUGCUUGUAUAGAAACUUCCUGUGUUUCAAGUCUGUCUUAUAAAGAUAAUAAUAUAAGAUAAUCUCUUGCUUAGGACACAAUACUAACUUUCACUUUUUUCUCCAUUGACUUCAAUUAAUUGACCAUGGAUUUAGCGUUAAAAGGGAUUUAAAAGAGCUUAUCAGGCUCAAGUUCAGUAAAGCAUUUACACAGGUGCUUAGCUGUAUGCAAGAGAGGGACCACUGAAGUUAUUCAUGUGAUUAAAUACUGUUUUGCUUAAGCCUGGACUUACUCAUGGUCCUAAGGCUGAGUAGGCAUAUGCUUAGGCACUGACUCACAGCUGGGGAACAGAGUUCAACACUGUCAUACUCUUACGUAUGCCCACAUCCAUACAAUGGACACGUACUUUGGUACAACCAGGAACUCGUUUGUUGUCUUCAGGAGGAGGAUGUGCUGUCAGCAACAGAUCAGGCAGUUUGGUCUCUGAUCUUGUUUAUGCAAUGACUAGCUAUGGAGAUCCAGGAAAUUUGCCUCCUGCCGAUGGGAGCCCACAUUAACGAGUGCAAAGGCCUACAGAAAUUUUGACUAUUGCUGACUUUGCUCCACCAUGACCCCACAGAAACACAAAUCACUAGUAAAAUCUCUGUAUAGACCAAGAAAUGAAACCACUGAAAGCUGCUUCACUUACCUUUA